CACAACAGCGCAGUGAACACACACACAGACACACACACAAACAUAGGACUGAUAAACACGGACAAAGAGAGACGAAAGAAUCUGAAAUAAGUGCAUCUCCUCCUGAACUCCUUUUUCCCGCCAUGGCUCUGUCAGGAUCUCAGUCACCAGAUGAUGCUUUACACGGCUCGUGGGUGGAGCUGGAGGGUCUGGUGGCCUCGGCGAAUCAAACAGAAGGAGAAUCAGGAGCUCAAGACACCACGGCCUCCGUCCUGCAGGGGGAGCUGGAGCGCAUCCUCCUUGAGGCCCAGCUGGAGUGCGAGAGGAGCGCUCAAACUGACAGUCCUCCGCAGGUCGUGACCCCCAGAACAUCCGGAUCUCCCAAACCAGGCAGCGAAGGCAGCAGCAGCAGCACAGAUUGUGUUACUAUACAGUCAGAUGAAAAUGAUCGGCGGGUGAGUGCUGAAUGGGUGUGGGAUUGGUCCAGUCGGCCGGAAAACCUCCCACCCAAGGAGUUUGUGUUUCAUCACCCGAAGCAGUCGGGCUCUCUGAGCGUGAGGAAGACUGAGGUGAUGAAGAGGGGUUUGUUCUCCUCAGACGUGCUGCUCAUCCUCCUGCCAUCUCUGCUGGCUUCACAUGCACUCACACUGGGACUGGGAAUCUACAUAGGAAAACGACUGGCGUCCUCAUCCACCAGCACACUGUGACAUAUGACACUUUACAGCUCACUGAUUGGCUGAGGCUGCUGCCACUGAUGCUGUUAACCAAUCACAGCUCUUCUUCCUCCUCCUAUGAGACACAGAAACCUCGUCUGAAAUUGUCUGUUUUUUGUCCUGUUUUACCACCCAACAAGUUUGUCUUUUUCUCUCUCAAUGUGUGUUUAAAGGGGUCAAAUUGUUCUUAAUACAUUCAGAAAAAAAGUCUAGUGUACUUUGAAAAUGUCACGUUUCCGAAUAACAUACAUACAUAGUCAAAUCUUUGUUCAGAAAUGGAGCGCUAAUUGAAACUAAACAACAUCUGUGAACUUCUCAACAUCAACAACAACAAAAAUGUAAAUAUUAAAUGUAAAAUGUAUGUAUUUGAAUUGCAUAAAACAUUUUCAUACACUGUUGAGUGUUAAACUCAAUGUGUUUACACUGGUUGGUGUUAAACUUAAUGGGCUUUAUUUUAACAAUCUAGGCGCAAAGUCAAAAGUUUAAAAGCAUUAAGGGCAUGUUCGAAUCCACUUUUGCUAUUUUAAGGACGGAAAAAUAUGGUCUGCGCCCUGGCGUAUGGUCUAACAGGGUUGUGCUUAUUCUCUUAAUGAGUUAUCGGUGUGUUUUGAGCAUAACAUGCAAUAAACCAAUCAGAGUCUCAUCUCCCAUUCCCCCUUAAGAGUCAGUUGCAUCACACCAUGGCGCAUUUGCUAUUUACUUGGUGAAAAAACUGAGCGCUUCACUUGCGAGAAAACAUUUAAACAGACCAUCUGCAGCUUGAGGAUAAAGAACGAGCCUUCAUUCAGCCUCUUUACUUUCACUUUACUUUUACUCUUUAAUUUCGUGGAGUAAGGAAACAGUGGGAACUCACUCAACUGAAGACAUCCAUUAGCCUACAGAUUUAAAUUUGUUUGUUAAGCGCAAAGAUUUGUUUCAAAACUAUUUCUAAAUUCAGUUUUAAUUUCCAGCUAAUGAAUAAAUGAACAAUAAUAAUGAAGUGUGAUCAAAAAACUGAGUUAUAUCCAAACACACGUCCUGUUCUUAUGCCCCAUAUGGUGAUGCAGAUGUCUCAAAAACCAGACAGGUGGACAAAUCUAAACUUGUUUUUAUGAAAACAAAUAUAAAUAUGCAUCUAAUAAUACUGCUAAAAGUAAUAACAUUAUACAAAUGCAAACUGUCAUGAAUAAACUGAAAAAAAAAACCAAGGUGAAGAAGGCAUGGAGGCAGUGGUUUUUAUAUUUAUGUAGAAAAUAAUAAUUUUUGUAACAUUUUAAUCUUUUAAUUGUUUUCAUUUGUAAAGAUAUUUGUGCAUUGCUGUACAUCCUGUGCGUAUUAAGCAAUGUGUACGCGUUUGGACCUGCAUAGGCACAUAACUAACGCGCUCUGUGCUGGACUUUAGAGCAGCUUUUAGUUGGUCAAUGGCACGGUCUAUUUCAGAUCCUUAAAACAGCAACGCACCAACAAUGCUCCUUAAUAUACCCCAUUCUCAGAAAAAUACAGUUGCGCUUCCCUAAAAAUAGCAACAAAUCACGUCAUACAUGCCUUGAGCCUUAUUGCACAGAGUGUAUGAUAGGGCCCAAUGUGUUUACACGGCUUGGUCUUAAACUUAAUGUUUGCAUAUUUUACAUUUAUUAAGCUAAUAUUUUUCCAGUCUAAAAAGAAGUGUGGUUUAUUUAUAAACUAAUUUCGAGAAGAUCACGUGCUUAUGAUCAACACGGCUGGCUCCUCAUUAGCUCCGUAAUCUGACCCAUUAGUUGAUUACAGAAGCAUUAUAAAUAACCAGAGUUUUUCACUCCAGUUAUCUUCGUCUUGAAGCUCCCCCCCCUUUCCACCCCUACUUCGUCCCCCUUUUUCUGAUAGGGCGACACGGUGGCCCAGUGGCUAGCACUGUUGCCUCACAGCAAGAACACCGCUGGUCUAAUCUCUUAUCGGGCUGGUUGGUGUUUCUGCGCGGAGUUUACAUGGUCUCCCCGUGUUCGCGUGGUUUUCCCCCGGGUCCCCCAGUUUCCUCCCACCGUCAAAAAACAAACCAUAGCCAAUCGACUAAACCAAAUUAUCACCGAAAACAACCUUAGUUUACACUUCUCACGUGGCGACAAGCAGGGGAGUUCUCGAGACCUACCUGAGCUCGAACUCCCCUCUCGCCCUUCUAACGGGAGGGAGCCCCGGGCUCGAGGAUAUUACGAGCUUAGGGCUCUCUCCCAGGACAGCAUGCCAAAUACGCUUUAUUGAUUAUCAGCUAAGUAUGAACUCUUGAAAAAUAUUUGCAAAAAAAAUUACAAAUUACAAAUGACAGUAUAUUCA